AUGAUACCCAGAACGACGGCCCGCCGCGUCCUUCGGGACCUGGCCUCCCACCGCGCAUCGCGCCCUCUGGCCUCCUUCUACCCCGCGACCCUGCGCCCCUUCACAUCGACGCCCUUGUCCCGCCUGAAGGCUGGGAGACCACCAAUGGUCCCGGCCUCCCCGCCUCCGCCCUCGUCCGCCCAGCAAGCCGCCGCCGCGAACGCUGCCCUCUCGAAUCUCUCCCAUCUGACCCCGGCGCAGAUCACAGCCCUCCUCUCGACAUCACCGCCCUCGGGCGGCCCCACGCCCUCCCGCCGCUCGACCCUCGUUCGCCGCGCCCUCUGGGCCCUGUUCUUCUUCGCCCUCGGCUACAAGCUCACCGCCGACCAGAUCUCGGAACUGCGCCUCGCCACCCCCUUCAUCCACCCGCCGGUCGAGAUCAAGGACCCGGAAGAGAUCCCUCUCUACCGCGUCCAGGCCACCUUCGCGGCCAUCGAGCAGUACCCGAUCCUGCAGUCCAUGUUCCCGACCGUCAACGAGGCCGGCACGUCGUCCCUGCCCUCGGACUGGGAGAACUGGGAGCCCUACCGCGACUUUCCGCCCGAGACGCUGUCCAAGCACCUCUGCGGCGGCACGCUCAACAACCCCAACGCCCUGGGCCUCGUCCACAUGGUCUUCCGGCACCAGUACACGGGCGAGCUGAUCCUCGCCAUCAUGUUCGGCCAGGGCACCUCGGGCUGGCCCUCGGUCGUGCACGGCGGCAUGCUCUCGACCAUCAUGGACGAGGCCAUGGGCCGCCUCGCCGCCCUCAACUUCCCCGCCAACACGGCCGUCACGGCCAAGCUGUCGGUAGACUUCAAGGUCCCCGUCACGCCCGGCCUGCUGUACAUUGUGCGCGUCGGCAAGGCGCUGCCCGAGUUCCAGAAGGAGCACCCGGACGAGGAGGACAAGUCGGACCGCAAGAUGUGGGUCGUCGGGCGCAUGGAGGGCCCGGAGGGCGAGACGGUUUGCGAGGCCAAGGGCCUGUUCGUCGUGCCCAAGGGCGACCAGGUGAAGCCCUUGGGAAAGAUGUUUUAG